AUGAGCAAACAAAGCCUCGAAGAUCUCAGAACAAGGCUCGAAAACGCGUCCAAAGAAUAUCAAAAGAUUCAGGAGGAUACCCAAACCGCUGUAGAAACCCAUCAAAGGCUGGAUUCACAAGUUAACGAGAAUGAGGCUGUGAAGAAGGCAAGCCCCAUCAUGACAGAUGAGAGGACAUAUUCUAACGUGUCCGAGCAGGAGUUUGCAAACCUCAAACCCCAUAACACGGUUUACAAGAUGGUUGGACCGGUGUUUGUCAAGCAAGAACCGGAGGAAGCGAAAAGCAACGUGGACAAGCGAUUGGAGUUUAUUAGAGGUGAAAUCACGCGCGUAGAACAACAAAUAUCUGAUUUGAACAAAAAGUCAGAGAAAAUCAAGACCGAAGUCGUGACAAUUCAAAACGUAAUGGCUUCUCAACAGCAGUCACAGACUACUGCAGCAUGA